GCUGCUGCUGCAUCAACUGUCUCUCUGUGUCCGCGAGCGCUGUGGAGCGAGACAGUUUCCGAAAACUUACCAAAACAUGUGUUUAACUAGUCAUUGUGCGGAGUUCUGACGGAUGCUACCCUCGUUUCACAACACGAGUGGGACCUGCAGGAGAUAACUAUGCAACCAAUGCCCGUCAGGACCAAUCAGAGCUGUUGGACACCGGCACACACACAACAUUGUAAACUUUGACUGUGGACCCUAUUAUCAAGGAAAUUCCUCAGUCCUCCCGGGUCACCUCUGUGGGUUUUUCUAUCUGGUGGUUUGUACAGCUGCACAAGCUUCUGUUUCCACAACACACUUACAAAGCACACAUAGCACACUGUGCUUUGGAGCUGAAGUCAUUAUUUGCUCAGGCCAUUGACCAUGAUGGGAAAUUGAAAGUGAAGAAGUUUGGGUCUGUUGUGUAGCAUGACCUGAAGAGAAUCUCUCUCAUUGUCCAACUGCAGGAAAACCAAGGAUAGAGCAGGACGCUCCAAGGAGAUGUGAUGGCUGCUGAAGAGAAUCAGACACAGGUCAGUGCUGCUGUUCUGGCUCAGCGUGCUUCACCUCCAUCCACCGGUAGCAAACCAGGCAGAGAGGCUGGAAAUGUAAAGGACAGCCUGAACGGACGGAGAUACUCUGACCAAUCAUGGAAUUUCAAACCACGGAGUAGCCCAUCCCUCCUGGUAUAUAGGAAGUUGUCAUGUGACAGUGGGAAAGGUACACUUUUGAACGAAGAAUACAAGAUUUUGGACUAUGGAUCAAAACUGUUGAGUAAAGAAGAGAAACUUUGUCCAGAGCAGCUGACUGGCAAGAGAACUGAAGGAAUAACUUCCAAUUUUCCUCCAUUACCUGGAAAAGGUUUGGAGGGAUCUUUGUGCCAGCUGGACACUUCUGCAGAGGGUGUGGAUGCCUGCAGAAACAGAACUGGCAGCACCCACUGCUCCUGCAACAUGUCGAGCCUGAAGAGGAGUCCACAUAUCUACUGUUAUGACAGCCACAGAUCCAGUCCGAGCCCCGGCUCCAGCCCUCUUACCAGUCCUCAUCUCAGCCCGUCUCGGCCAAGGCAACGACACAUCCGCCGCAGCAGCAUGCCCGUGUCUAUGCUGGCUUUCCACAAGACAUCAACCUGCCAUUCUUCUCAGUGCAGUACAUGCAGUGAGCCAAGCUCUUUGGCAUCAUCUCCCUGUGGUUCCCCUCUGUCCACCCACCGCCAGCAUCACCAAAACGGACAAAUCGAACGGCGUCAUCCAAACGAUGGCUACUCGAGUUUGGAGAGGCUCAAUCGAAGGCCUCGAGUUAAUAAAUGCUCCCUGGAGAAACUUUUCCUCCUACGGGCAUCUCUAGAAACAAUGACAUCCACCAGUAACAAAGAGAGGUUGUCCCCAGAGGUGAUGAGGACCUGCAGCGGGGGAAGCAGCACUGAUGAAGAGGAUGGAGACAAUGUCUGUGGUGACCCAGAGUUUGAUAGAAAUCGUAUAGAGCGUUCCACCGUCCUGGUGAGGCGCUUCUUCAAGAAUAAUCAAAAGGUGACCAAGUCAGUGUGUACCGGAACCCGAGCGAUUGUCAGGACCCUGCCGUCGGGAUGCAUCUCAGAGGAGGUCUGGGAGUUGAUUUUCCAUCGCAGGAUUUGGAGUCCUAAGAAGACAGACUUAUCGCCAAUCUUACUGUGCAGCGUGAGAGAAGACGUACGAUUCUGCAGAGGGAUACUACGUUUUGUUGGAGAUAAACUAAAGCAGGUAACCCACUAUGUGCUGGACAGAGAGGAACCAAACCUGAUCCAUCCUGCCAAAAAGCUCCUGCAGCCUCACCCUGUAUGUGUGUGUCUCGGAGAGUCAUCGCACACUUGCAACGCCAAUCAAGCCAGACUAGAUCGGAACCUCUGCACCGAUGCCCGGAGGUCUCCUUACCCUCUGAGGCUUUAUCGUGCUUGUAACCAGAGGACAUCAGUGUGUUCCCUGCUGACAGGAUCUCUACUGGAGGCCACAGCCGCUCUCGGUGCCCGUUCCACUCUAACUUACCCGAUGCCACAAGGCCCCAACGGCCACGCCGUGCUGAAAGAGCGUCAGCUGGCUAACAGUAUGAGCAGCAACAGCUCUCUUCCUCCCAGCAUCAGUGGGAUUAGUAAGGAGCUGGCAGAUGUGCGCCACCUUGUUCAGUUUCCCGAGGAGAUCGCCUGUAUCCUCACCGAGCAAGAGCAGCAGCUCUACAAACGGGUCUUUCCCUUGGACUACCUUUGUUUCUUGACUCGAGAUCUGGGCAGUCCCGAGUGUCAAACCAAACGCCACCCGAGCCUCAAGGCCUCGCUGUCAGUGCCUGCUAUGCCUACCCAGAGUGCCCAGCCCAGCAACGCUGUGGAGGACCUAGUGGCACGAUUCAAUGAGGUGAGUUCUUGGGUGACGUGGCUGAUCUUGACAGCAGGGUCCAUGGAGGAGAAGAGGGAAGUGUUCUCCUACCUCGUCCAUGUGGCUAAAUGCUGUUGGAACAUGGGAAACUACAACAGUGUCAUGGAGUUCCUGGCUGGACUCAGGUCCCGUAAGGUGCUGAAGAUGUGGCAGUUCAUGGAUCAGUCUGACAUCGAAACAAUGAGGAGCCUGAAGGACGCCAUGGCUCAGCACGAGUCUUCUGCUGAGUACAAGAAGGUGGUGACCAGAGCUCUGAAUAUCCCAGGAUGCAAGGUGGUGCCAUUCUGUGGGGUUUUUCUAAAAGAGCUCGGUGACGCUCUGGAUGGGACAGCAAGCAUCAUUAGCCUCAAACAACCUCCAGAUCACACAGAGGACUCAAUAGAGUUUGUUUCCGAGUACAGCGGCCAGCACAACUUCAUGUCGCGCUCUGGUUCAGACGGUCUGCACGUUCCAGAGAAGGAAGCUACCGUCAGCAACAUCCUCCAGAUUAUCAGAUCUUGUAAUCGGAGUUUGGAGGCAGAGGAUCCUGAUGAUGCCUCCACCAGUCCUUCUUCUACCGGCCCAUCCCUUUCAUCCCGAAACAACUCCUUCAGGGAUCGCUGCCGCAAUCAAUUCAUGGUGGGAGACUUGUCGGAUUCUGAGGGCGACCUGUCGUCUGAGUCGUUGGUGAAGGAGGUGGAGUUUCAGGGAACCGAGGAGACACACAGAGCUUUCAGCCAUGGCACUGAGCUCAUACCCUGGUAUGUGUUGUCGCUACCGCCAGAUGUUCACCAGUUUCUGCUGCAGGGAGCCACAGUCAUCCACUACGACCAGGACAGCCACCUCACAGCUCGCUGUCUGCUGCGACUGCAACCCGACAACACAACCCUCACCUGGGGUAAGCCUCAGAGCGGAGGGUCUUCCCCCUCAGAGCCACCUCUGGGAUUAGGACAGGCUGUGGUGGCAGGACUCGCAGAGGGCCUUCUGGACCUGGGAGUUGUGAAGGCAGUGUUCCUGGGUCAUCAAGGAGUGGACGUUCAUGCCGUAUGUUUACAAAACAAGCUGAGUCAGAUGACAGUCGAAGAGAAUGGUCUCAGCCUUCUCUAUGGCCUCAGUACCACUGACAACAGACUGCUGCACUUUGUGGCCCCUAACCACACUGCACGGAUGCUGCAUAAGGGCCUGUCAGAGUUGGUGAAUGCAACCAGGAAAUUAAAGAAGUUUCCUGACCAGAGGCUGCAGUGGCUGAGGAGGCAGUAUGUCAGCCUGUAUCAGGAGGACGGGAGGUACGAGGGACCUACACUGGCCCAUGCCAUCGAGCUGUUUGGUGGGCGCAGGUGGAACAUGGGUAUAGGUGGAGUGGAGAAAUCUGCUGCCCAGAAAAACAGCCCCCUGAGCAUCAACGAUAAAGUAAAGAAGAAGAAGAAGGUCCUUGUCAGGGGAGACAGUGGGGAUGCCACAGAUGACGAGAUGGUUUCCAGGAAAACACGGAGCUGUAAGGAGGGACUGUACCGAAACGGACCAGAGUCUGACAGCAUCGACCAAGAUGAUCCAGACGACAACUUCCCUGGACCCUUCUCCCUUACAUCCAAUAAGAGCCCUGGAUUGCUAGCCUCCUCUUCCUCCUCCUCCUCUUCCUCCAGCAUGGCGGGAUCUAACCAGUCCCGCCCACAAACCUCUCCCGUUCUCUCAGGAAAUACCAAGUCACAACCAGGUUCUUGGAACAGCAGGUCGUGGCACGGUCGAGGUAAAGGCUGUUUCAAAGGCUUCCAGAACCUCAUGAUUUCAGACAGCACGAUGAGCUUCAUUGAGUUUGUCGAGCUCUUUAAGUCAUUCAGUAUCCGCAGCAGAAAGGAUCUGAAGGAGCUCUUUGACACCUUUGCUGUCCCCUGUAGUCGUUCCAGUCCAGAAUCUGCUCCUCUCUACACAAACCUCAGCAUAGACGACAAAGACACGGGGCUUCAGCCAGACCUCGACUUAUUAACUCGCAAUGGUUCAGAUCUCGGCCUGUUUAUCCGAACAAGGCAGCAGAUGUCAGACAACCAGAAGCAGAUCUCAGACGCCAUUGCAGCAGCCAGCAUUGUUACCAACGGGACAGGCGUGGAAAACUCUUCUCUAGGGGUGUUGGGAUUGGCUAUCCCUCAACUCAACGACUUCCUAGUCAACUGUCAGAGAGAGCACCUGAGCUACGACGAGAUUCUCAGCAUCAUACAGAAAUUUGAGCCUUCAGCAAGCAUGAGACAAAUGGGUUGGAUGUCAUUUGAAGGCUUCGCCAGGUUCCUGAUGGAUAAGGAGAACUUUGCUUCUCGUAUGGAGGAGUCACAGAUGAACCAGGAGGAGCUGCAGUACCCUCUUUCCUACUACUACAUCGAGUCUUCUCAUAACACCUAUCUGACAGGACACCAGCUCAAAGGAGAGUCCUCUGUAGAGCUCUACAGUCAGGUGCUGCUGCAAGGCUGCAGGAGUGUCGAGUUGGACUGUUGGGAUGGAGACGACGGCAUGCCAGUUAUUUAUCAUGGACACACACUCACCACGAAGAUUCCCUUUAAGGAUGUGGUGGAAGCUGUUAACCGCUCUGCAUUUGUCAAUUCUGACAUGCCCGUCAUCCUGUCCAUCGAAAACCACUGCUCCCUACCACAGCAGCGCAAAAUGGCGGAAAUCUUUAAGACGGUGUUUGGGGAACGUCUCGUGACGCGCUUCCUCUUUGAAAGUGACUUCAGCGACGACCCUCACCUACCGUCGCCGCUGCAGCUGCGGGGGAAGAUCCUCCUGAAGAACAAGAAACUCAAAGCUCACCAGGCGCCCGUGGACAUCCUCAAACAGAAGGCUCAUCAGCUGGCCCACAUGCAGGCCCAGGCUAGCAAUGGCUCACCCGGGGUUACUUCGCCCAGCAACCACACCAAUGAGGAAGAGGAGGAGGAAGAAGACGAGUACGACUACGACUACGAGUCUUUAUCAGAUGCUGAUGUCCUCACAGCCUCUACUGCCUCAUAUGGCCUUGAAGAUAACAUCCUGGACGACAAGCCGGAGGGGAAGAGCUCGGUGGACAAAGAAGAGCAACCUGUUGAUGAAAUACCCAAGAGGAUGAAAAAGUCUGAUAGCACCACACAGAGCAAAGGAAAGGUGUUUGAUAUGGAGCUGGGUGAGGAGUUUUACCUCCCUCAGAACAAAAAGGAGAGUCGACAGAUUGCCCAGGAGUUGUCCGACCUCAUCAUCUACUGCCAGGCUGUGAAAUUCCCUGGCCUGUCCACGCUGUCUCCGGCCGGCUCUGGUAGGGGGAAGGACCGCGGAAAGAGCAGGAAGUCCAUAUUUGGCACUGCUCCUGCUCGCUGCAGCACAACAGGGGAGGUCAUGGCCCAGAACCGCACCCCUGGGAGAGGUGGCACCGAGCGGCUAAGCUGGGAGGAGCAGCAGACGUCCCCCACCCUCAACCCCCCCACCUCUCUCAGCGCCAUCAUCCGCACGCCCAAGUGCUACCACAUCUCCUCCGUCAACGAGAACGCGGCCAAGCGUCUGUGCCGGCGUUACUCGCAGAAGCUGAUCCACCACACAGUGUCUCAGUUGCUCAGGACUUACCCAGCAGCCACCAGGAUCGACUCGACAAACCCGAACCCUAUGCUCUUCUGGCUGCACGGCAUUCAGUUGGUGGCACUCAACUAUCAGACUGAUGACCUCCCCAUGCAGUUAAACACUGCUCUGUUUGAGGCCAAUGGGGGCUGUGGCUACGUCCUGAAGCCGGCAGUGCUAUGGGACCGCAGCUGUCCGCUCUAUCAGCAGUUCUGUCCCAUGGAGAGAGACGUGGAGAAAAUGAGCCCAGCCGUCUACUCUCUAACUGUUGUGUCUGGUCAGAACGUCUGUCCUGGUAACAGCGCAGGCAGCCCCUGCCUGGAGGUAGACAUUCUGGGCAUGCCCAUUGACAGCUGCCACUUCCGCACCAAACCCAUCCAUCGAAACACUCUCAACCCCAUGUGGAGCGAACACUUUACGUUCAGCGUGCACUUUGAGGACAUGUGCUUCCUGCGCUUCGCCGUAGUGGAAAACAACAGUUCCCAGACGACAGCUCAGAGGACUCUGCCUCUGAAGGCCCUCAAGCAGGGUUACAGACACGUCCAGCUGAGGACACAACAUAACGAACCUCUGGAAGUUUCCAGCCUGUUUAUCUACAGCCGCAGAACAGAGGAAGGUCCUACAGGGGGCGCUACUCCCUCAUCACAGCUGUUCAGCUCAGAGGAGAAACGUGUCUCACAGCAGCACAGGGUGACGGUGUACGGGGCGCCUGGUCCUGAGCCCUGCACUGUGUUCAGUGUCACAGAACAGACGACGGCCAAACAGCUGCUGGACACGGUUUUAGCGUUAUCAGGAAACCCUUCAGAGUACUUUCUGUGUGAGGAGAGGAUUCCUCUUCUGAAGGAGCGCAGUGAGGUGAAGCGCUGCGCUCAGCAUCGUCCUCUGGCGCCCGAGGAGGAGGUGCUCAGACUGGUCUCCAGCUGGAACACUGAGGAGGGAUAUGUGGGGAGGAUCUGCCUCAAAACCAGAGAGGAGUUUUUGCAGAACUUAAAUGAAAAGAACACAGUGCUGGAGGGGGAGGAGGAGGUGACUGUUGGGGGCAGAGAAGGAGCAGGAGGAGGAGGAGGAGCAGAGGACGACAUGUUCUUCAUCCAGGUCCAUGAAGUUUCACCAGAACAGCCUCACACUGUGAUCAAGGCGCCGCGCUACAGCACAGCUCAGGACAUCAUACAGCAAACUUUAUCAAAGGCCAAGUAUUCCUGCAGUAUCCUUUCUAAUCCCAACCCGUGUGACUACGCCCUGAUGGAAGAAGUUACUAAAGACGUCGGCUCCAAGAAGUCCUCCGCGGCUAAACCGCUGCAGCGUCUGCUACUGGAUCAUGAGUGCGUCUAUCAAGCCCAGAGCCGCUGGCGGGGAGCGGGGAAGUUCAUUCUUAAACUCAAAGAGCAGGUUGUGCGUGAGGACAAAAGAAAGGUCAUUUCUUUUGCCAGUGAGCUAAAGAAGCUGACGAGUCGCAGUCGCAGCAUGACAACCGGCAGCAGCGGAGUGGACGGCCCGGCGCAGAGGUAUCUGUCUGCAGCUGCGGGUCUGAAGGCGUGGGUGGCAGAGGGCAGGGUCGGGACAGGAAGGUUGCUACAGGCCUCUUCCUCCUCUUCCUCUUCUUUUUGGGGCCAACUCCAACCUGUCCACCUGCCCACCUCCUCUCUGACCCCCCAGGCCUGGAAGCUCCACCUCCUCAGGAACUGGAAGAUCCACAAAUGAACCCCAGAGAGAAAGAGAGGCUCGACUGACCACAUCUGAAAUUCUCCUUUUUAAGAGGCAAAGAGGAAUUCUGGGAAACGCUCCUGAAGGACUCUGAUCCUGACGACUGAGUUCAGCCCCUUUGCUCGGUUCAAAGUUGGCGUUUCUUCAGAUUUUCUUGAUUGGAAGUCCCGCUAGGCCUCACCUUAGAGUAGUGAUGGUCAUGUGGGCGAGUAGCUCUGGAUCUUUUGGUUGGAGGAGCAGCUGCUGUGUUGUGUUGUAGUGAUCAAGUUCGUCAUCAGGGACACAAAUCAAUCUCUUCUCAAUAGAAAGGAGAGAUCUGUAAGAAAAGAAGGAACAUUCCCUUGACUCCAAUUUAAAGAGGGAAGAGUUGUCGUUUAAGUUUGAGUUUUUUUCUUCUUCCACAAAUAAGACCUGAAAAAAGGUAAGAGUGCUGCACAUUGCAGUGCUGCUAACUACAAGUCUUUAAAACAUUUUUUAAAGUACCAGAGUAAAAUUCAAUACUGAGUAAAGGCUCGUGAAUCUGAUUCAAAAUAAAUGAAACACGCUUCCCUUUUCUUGUAUCUUACAAAAGAAGCACACAGCAGACAGAGGGAGAUCUGCUCAUGGAGAUGGAAAAGGAGACGUAGUAGAGUGUGAGGUGACACAGUAUUCGUCUCUCUUUCUCAGGGAGCGGCUUUUGAGGCUGAGGGCAUUGUGACGGAGGCUGACAAGCUGGCUUGUUUGGUUCUUUUUUUUUCUUUUUUUGUUGCUCUUUCCAGUGUCACAGUACUGUAACUGCACUCACAGACCGAGGCAACAAUAUAAAGAAACAUUACACUACUGCCUCUGCACUACAGGUGACGACACAUGAGCAGCAUGAUGAGGCCGUGGACAUGCACAAUAUUUCCAUGUGCAGUUACAACCUUUUUAUCACUUUGUGGCAACACUGCCCUUACUUUCCUCUACACACUGACCGUCUGCUGCUUCUUCCAUUACAGAUUUUUAGCUCUUCAUCGUUGAUAACAACAGAGGAAUCCUAUUUUAGUAACCACUGAAAUAAACUCAAACAAAGGGUUUUAAGGUAUUAUCAUUGAGAACUGCUGAUUUGAAAACUUUAGUGUUAAUUUAAGAAAAGACGUGAAGGUUGCUAAAAGCUGUCGAGUGGACUAAACAUUUGUUUACCACAGUGAAAUCUUGUCUAAAAUCUGCAAAAUUAUAUGAAAGGAUUAAGUAAUCAUUUAUGGAUCAGAAAGGAGGUUUUGGUCCAUGAAGUGAUCCUCGACUCCCGUCUGAUGCUCAAAGAGCAACAAACCAAGUUAGGAAACAACAAUUCUCUUCAAUGUGAAGUCGAACAUGUUGUAGCGCGUGAUGUAGAACAUAAUGUAGUACGAGGUGAUCAUUGCAUAAAGAUCCUUUGGAAGGACGCAGCUCGGUCUUCUCCAAACAGCAUUUUGCACAUUUUCUUUUUCUUUCUUCUUCUUCAGCGUUUUCGUAUCACUGCUCAGUGACUGAUGGACUCUUGGGUUGUGUCGGGAUGGAUUAAUGUGAUUCUUUUGUUUUUUACUUUUUAUUUUCAGCCCUGUUAAGAAUUUAGAAUCGAGAAGAACAAACUGUAUUUUUCUUCCUGUUUCAAUCCAGUCUGGACAUUCAGUCUGAAGCCACAUUACAGUUACACACAAACAUUUGACUGAUUAGUGUUCCAUUAAACUUUCAUGUGUUAGCUGACAGUUUCUGUCUUAUGGAUUUUGAAUGCAGUACCUUUAUAGAUUACUAAUAUUGAUUUAUCGUCAAUGAUGGUAGACUUUUCCUGAUUUAUUAUUGCUGCUCUUUUCAAAAUGAAAUCAAUCUUUGUGUAUUUGGGGCCAUUUAUCCCUUUUUUUGUUUUGAUGUGAAACAUUUCCAUAUUUCGAAAGAAAACUUUGACUUCUUGUUGAGUAUUUCAUUUAUUAAUACAAAGAUCUCUUAGUGUAGUAUUGUUAAAAUCAAAAGAGCGCACGUGAUUUUUAAACCUAUAGAAAAAUGUUUCAGUGUCAGAGAAAAUCAUGGCUUUUAGAUUACAAAGAAAUCUUUAUCAUGAUUAGAAACCACAGAGCUGCCUCCUGCACUCUGUUCUUACCCUACUUAGUCGAACAUUACAGAGACUAUUGUAUUUUAGAGUUUAGUAAAACUGAGCUGUACCCUGCAAUUCUACAAUUCAUUUAACAGACGCUUUCAUCCAAAGCGAUGUACUUCAUAGAGUAAGUACAACACAAGCCAGUCAGUCAGUGAGUGUAAACGAACAUCUUGAAGUCUGAUCAGACACACGGGUGCAGACAGGAAGUGACCAGAGGCAAAGCACAACAUCCACAGCUGUUCUAGACAGUUCUAAUCAGCAUCCAAACCAUCCUAGUGUUAAGAAUGAAUUCCUUAAGUAUACAUGCAGCAAAUAUAUUUUAUUAAACCAGCAAACAGUGAACUCCUGAUGCUACAAUUUAAAGUCAAAACACGAUUUGUUGUCAUUUGGAAUAAUUUAUUUUGUGAUGGUAUGAAAUGUUGCCACACCCCCUCAGAGAGAAUUGAGCUUUUUUGUCCUUUACUUAGUUUUUAUUUAACAGAAGUGCUGAGUAGUCCAGUUUGAAUUUUAGUGCAAUAGAAAAGUGAAAUAUGUUUUUUUUAGUUUUUUUUUAAUGUCUACAUUGACUCUUCCUUUCCUCCUGAGCUUGACAUGUUUCAGGCAGUCGGAUACUUUAGGUGAAUGUUAAUGAAGGUCGAUCAGAUUGUGAUCCAAGAAAUGUCACGACUCAGAAAUCUCUGUAAUUGUUUUACACUUUAAGAGUUCAGUUUUUAUUAAAGUAAAAAAAAAAAAAGGUCAGACUUUCCGAGAGAAGACUCAACCCGAGCUGAUGGACCUGUGUGAGACAGAAAGGGACAUUUUCUGUUUUAUUGUUAAUCUGUUAUCAUCUCCAUCCUUCAGGCAGAGCAGUGUUCUUGUUUCCUUUUCUUUCUAACUUGUAGACCUCAUUUCUGAAUGUAUCAUUUCUUCAUGUGUUGAACCUGAGAAAAACGUGCGUUGAUAUUAUUUAUUGAAAUGUGAAGCCCUGGUUGGCUAUUUUCUUGUUGAACUGUUGUCAGUGUAAUUUCCUGUAAGUAGUUUAAAGUAUUCUUUUUUUAAUUUAUUUCAGCAUUUGACAAGAUGAACUCUUGCUCAAACGUUUGUAGAGAUGUCAAUAAAUAUUCUCAUUUGUGUCAAACCUUCAGUGUAGUAUCAUGUGGCUUGUUAUCCUUCAGUACACAGCAGCAUCUUUGAACGUUUGUUUAGUGAGUUGAAGUAACUGUGGACAAACUGAGACUUACAGACUUUAUUGAAAUGUUGUUGUAUUCAUUAUAUCUCCUGAAUACGACAACCUGUAUUAGUUUGUUUCAUCUUUAGCAAACUGUUGUUUCCAUAAAAUGUGCAGUAUACCCUUUAACAUCCACUAUCGCUGUCAUGAUGUGGCUGUCAAGUGAACAUUUGUCUACUUGAAUUUUUAUAUGGAUUAGAAUUGUUGGAUUUGUCAAAUAUUAUCAUCACAAUAUAAAUAAAUAUAUAAAUAUGUUGAAA